AUGAAAGUCGAUGUAGCAACCCCGGGUGAUAAAUCUAAAAUUCCUUUACCAACUCUUUCUCAGAUAAAUGCUGAUAGAAUUACACUGCUUGCAAACCAGUAUUGGUCACCGCAAACCAAGGAAAGCCAUCUCCCAUAUGAUGCUGCAAUUGUGGAGUCAAUUUAUCAAGCAGAAAUCCUUGGUUCCAACUUCUCCGUUCGUCGUAUUAUGAUGUUAGAAUUUUCUCAAUACCUAGAAAACUAUCUAUGGCCUCAUUACGAAACAGGAAAAGCGUCCCAUUCGCACAUGAUGUCCAUCAUUAUAAUGAUCAAUGAAAAGUUUAGGGAAAGAGUACCAGCUUGGCAGGCUUUACUAAAAAAACCAGAGCACUUCCCAGGCUUCUUUGAACAGGUGUUACAUGCUAGUGUUGCUGAAGAUCACUUAAGCAACAAUAUGAGGGAGCAGACCAACCUUCUCCUGUUUUUAAACCACUGCUUCGGUAGUAUGGAAGUGCAGCUGUGUAGAGAUCAGGUUAAACGCCUCGUCUCACUUAGUAUGUGGAUAAGUUUACAAGAAGGCAGACGAAAUCAAGAGUUCAAAAGUGUACCAAAAUGGCGUAAAUAUUGGCGAGCCAUUCAAAAGAAGGAUAAACCUGAACUACUGGAUAAGUUGAAUUGGGAAAGAAGAUAUCUUCAAAAGCUUAUGAUAAAAUUCAUGAGAAUUCUGGAAAGCAUUCCUGAAGAUGACGACGUGAAUCCUGAUAAAGUCAGAUAUUGUGAGCGGUUUCUGGAGUUAAUGAUUGACUUGGAGGCACUGUUACCAACCCGUCGCUUCUUCAACACAGUGAUGGAUGACUGUCAUCUUGUCGUGCGGUGUCAGCUAUCCAACCUUGCAAGGAGACAGGAGGGACAACUAUUCUCACAGAAUAAAACCAAGACCUCAUGUGUUUAA